CAAAACCACUCUGUGAGGUAAAUAUUAUUUCUCUGUCACAGAUGAAAAACUAAAAUAUCCUGAGCUCAACCUAUAUACUCAAAGUCACAAAGUCAACAUUUAUUGAAAACAAGAUUUCAAAUAAAAUCCACUGGACUCCAUGGCCAUAUUCUUAACUACCAAAUUAUAUUGAUCCCCAAACAGAUGUAAGAAUCAACAUUUAAGGGAGUCAUGCAACGUCAUUUAUUAUUAGCUUAUAAUAUUUUGUAGACACUGUGUUUCAGAAUGUACUAAAAUAAACCUGCAGGCAGAGCACUGGUGGAGGAGAGUCAACUGCCUUCCCCAGGUUUUCACACAUAUGUCCUUAAACUCAGUAGACAAACAACAACCACUUGGUCCCUUGUGCCUGCACAAUGCAAUUUACAAGCUAAUGUCAGGAACCCUUAGCAGAGACUCUUGGCUCAUCAGUAAUCAUCAUCAUCAUUAUCACAAUUACAGUUACAUGCACUGCACUUUAGAACAGAUUUUUCAUGUAAACGACGCCAAUUAUGUGAAGCAAUAGUCCCCACUGAACGUGGGAUGGAGCUAAAGUUCUGGGACAGUUUCUGUGUCCUUUGCCAACUAUUUCAGUUCUCUCCCACCUGGUUGAGCAGGGGCAAGGUAAGAUCACACUCCAUAUCUUCUACGGUUGGGCCAGGCCACAUGGUGGUGAGGGAAAGUGACAGUGGUGUCACCUCUGGGCUGAAAAAGGAGAUCCUCAAGAACACAUCUUCACUUCACCUUGACAGCAAACAACAUUCCAAAUAGUGACAACUCUGCCCUCCUGACACUGACCCAUUGAGGACAAUGCAGCACCAUCGGCUGACCACCUUAACUGUUCAGCUUGAUUAAAAAAUAUAUAUUGUUCUAAGCUGCAUACAUCUUGCAGUUAUAUGUUACCACAGCAUAACCAGUGUUCCUGGCAGCUGCAGGCUCACAGCACAUAAAUGACUUACCCAGGAUGGCACAGCUAGAAAAUGUCAACACUUCUUCAGACUUCAUAGAUGCUAGUCACUAUUCCUUUCACUAGGUCCCACCUUGCCUCAUAGGUUUAUUGCCUCAAAAAUAAAACCACAGUUUCCCAGAAGCCAAAAUAGAAACAUCAGUAUAAUCUAUCUAAUCUGGGUUUCAUAUCCUCUAUUUUUUAUCUAAAAUAAACUAUUUGUGAACUAAAGAAACUUUGAUAUUUUUGCUUAUUUCAUAACUAGGCCAAGCAGCCUCUGCUUACGUUCUUCUAUUACAUGAGGUUUAGAAUUCUAACAGUCCCCGCCUCUAGGACAGAGAAGAGGAAUUCUCACCUCAAAUAACUAAUGUGUUGGUCAGGUAGGAAGUAGCAAUUAAGUGACAAGGACUGCAGCCCCACCCAGGGCGUGACAUUGUGCGUUGACAGCUUCUCAAAGCCAGCAUUGACUCUGCAUGACGUCAUAGGAAAGGUGGAGAAGCCAGGCAUGGCCGUAUAAACAUGGCCCUUUCCUCUGCCUGGCCGAUGCGACUGUUGUGAGCGGCCUCUGCAUCGCAGCCACCUCCACCAUGAAGAUCGCUGGAGGUCUCCUUCUGCUCUGCCUGGUGACCUUCUUCUGCAGCAGCUCAGAAGCUGCUAGUCUGUCUUUAACAACCGUGGACUGCAGCAUUUACAAGAGGUACCCGGUGGUGGCCAUCCCUUGCCCCAUCACAUACAUGCCUGUUUGUGGUUCUGACUACAUCACCUACGGGAAUGAAUGCCACUUGUGUAUUGAGAGCUUGAAAAGUUAUGGGAGGGUUCAGUUUCUUCACGAAGGAAGGUGUUAACUCCUCCCAUACGUGGAUGCGGAGCCAUGAUGUUCUCAGCGUUGUCUUCAUCGUCCCUGGGCUCUGACGACCUUCCCCUCAUCACCGCAGAGGCUUGGGGGGAGGGACAGAUGUGGGGUCAUCAUUGUCGAGCGGAGAGAGUUGUUGUGCUUCCCUUCAAACUCAUGCCUGACUGACCUGCUGGCUUCUUUUUGCACCUCAUUAAAAGAAUCUCCCAGAGAGUUUACCUUUACUUCUGUUUGUAUUUGUUUCUUAGAUCAGGGUGCAAAGUUGGUUGUUCAAGAGACAGUUUUGUACAAGGAAUCCCCCAAGUGGCUUCCAAGAAACAAAUGCACACACACAAAUUCACACAUGAUCACAUAUACAUGGAAUGGAGUUUGGUUCAGUUAAAGCUCAAACUCUAGAGGGGGAGAUAAACAUGGAUUAGAAAACAAUUAUACACCCUAAUAAAUGCUGGGAUAUAAGUCUAUAGGAGGUAUCAUAUUGGAGCAAUCUUUCUGUAGCGUAAGUCUGAUUCUAUUACUUCCCUGUUCAAGAUCCUUCCUCUGUUACCCACUGCCUGCAGG